AUGGCAGAUAACAACAAUGAGAUUCCACCACCCGUGGGAAGGCUUGGCGACACUCUUAGGUCAGGAAUUGAGUAUCCGGGGGAGUUCGCUUAUGCAAAUGAUAACGUCAACAUUCCACCUCACUACAUUAGUUUGGUGAAUGGAGGAAAUCUUUUCCACGGACGGGAUGAUGAAGAUCCGGUGAGUCAUCUUAAUGCCUUUUAUGAAUUGACCAAUUCUCAUAGACCUCCAAAUGUGGAGCAUCAUCGGAUUAAGAGGGCAUUAUUUCCUUUCUCAUUGAGGGAGAAAGCAAGAGCGUGGUAUGAUUCAUUACCGGGCUACAACAUAGCGACAUUCCAAGAGUUGAAGUCGUUGUUUCUUUUGGAAUACAACUCUCCAAUGAAGAUCGAGAAAUUGAGAGAGGAGAUCACUUCCUUCCGACAGAAAUAUGAUGAGUCCUUCGCAGAAGCAUGGAAGAGAUUCACAGAAAUGCUAAGGAAAUGCCCAAGUCAUGGUUUAGCUCCGGGGCAUGACCUUCUGAAAUUCUACAAGGGGCUCAAUAAUGAAGGCAUGGGAUUAGUCACUGCAGGCUCAAAUGGGAACUUAGAUGAUCUAACUCACGAUGAGGUUAGAGCCGUAUUCCAAAGAUUGGCAAAUAAUCAAAGGAAUUGGAAUAAUCCAAGAAGAGCGGCUGAGAAGGCAGGAGAUACAUUUGGUGCUACAAAAGAUACAGAAAGAGUGGCAGCAAUAGAGGCUCAAUUGGCAGACAUAAGCACUCAAAUGUCUUCGAUGACAAAGGCAGUUAAAUCUCUUCAACUGACUCCUCAACCUCAAGCAUUUGCUGUUUUGAAGUGUGGAUUGUGCCAAGGAGGACAUCAUACGGAUCAAUGUCCAAGUCUUCAAGGACCAUCAGUGGAGGACGUGAACUACAUUGGUUUUGAGAAGAAGUCAUCAGUUGAGGAUCAAUUGGGUCAGAUUUUCUCUUUUAUGAAUAAAAGUCAAAAGGAGAAUGAGAAUUUCAAGGAAAGAACAGUGGAAAAGUUUGGACAGAUGGAGGCUACAAUGAGGAAUCUUGAGACUCAGAUUGGGCAGCUUGCUACAGCAUCUCAUACAAGAAUUCCUAAUACAAUCCCGAGUAAUACAGUGCCCAAUCCUAAAGGCAAUGAACAGUGUAAGGCUGCAUCCGGCAGCAAGGAACAUGGUGAAGAAUCCGAGUCAAGUGGAAAGUUUUCUGCAGAAGAGAAAGGAAAAAAGACAGUAGAAAUGAUGACAAGUCCGGCACAAGAUCCGAAAAGCAAGUUCAAUUUCUCUGAUCAUGUUCCUCCUCCACCAUAUCCACCCAAGAGGAAGAAGAGGGCCCCAAAAGAGAAAAGUUUUGAGUGGAUGAUAAAUGUGAUUCGAAAAGUGAAUGUGGAUGUUUCAUUAGUGACCUCUUCACUAACUUUCCCAAGUUCUCCAAGUUCUUCAAGGACAUGA